GGUGAAGGGACAGCUAUGGCUGUGAGCUUCAUGUCUAGAGUGGAGGAGCUGCUGGCCUCAAGCAGCCAGGUUGUUUGGAGCUUGGCGGAGCAGACCCUCAGAAGGUGGUCCUCUCAGGGGCUCAUGCCAGCCCGCCGCUUCCUACAGACAUGGUGGCAGCUCGGGGACUUCUAUCGGAUGACGGAGGGCCGGCUAUGCCAGGUGCACCUCCUGGACGAUAGGAAGCUGGAGCUGCUGGUCCAGCCAAAGCUCUUGUCCCGGGAUCUGUUAGAUUUGGUGUCCUCACACUUUAACCUGAAGGAGAAGGAGUAUUUUGGACUAUUCUUCAUCGAUGACACUGGUCAGAGUAACUGGCUCCAGCUGGAUCGCAGGGUUCUGGAUCAUGACUUCACUAAAAAGACUGGUCCAAUGGAGCUCAAAUUCCUUGUCAGGUUUUAUAUUGAGAAGAUAACAUUCUUGAAAGAGAAUACAACAGUAGAGCUGUUUUUCCUAAAUGCCAAAUCGUCAGUCUUUAAUGAGAUCAUCGAAGUGGAGAGUGAAAACGUUUUCAAAUUAGCUGCUUACGCCUUGCAGGAGGCCAAAGGAGACUACACAAAUGUUGAAAGCUCCAGAUCGGACCUGAAUACGCUACCAGUUCUACCUACCAGAGUCCUGAGAGAGCACCCCUCCCUGGCUUACUGUGAAGACCGAGUGAUCGAGUGCCACGAGAACCUGAAGGGCCUCAGCAGAGGGCAAGCCAUUGUGCAGUAUUUGGCCUUAGUUGAGUCCCUCCCUACAUAUGGAGUCCAUUAUUAUCCAGUAAAGGACAAGCAGGGCCUACCGUGGUGGCUGGGAGUCAGCUAUAAAGGCAUCGGACAGUACGAUUUACAGGACAAGUUGAAACCUCGGAAGUUGUUUCAGUGGAAGCAGCUCGAUAAUUUGUAUUUCCGUGAGAAGAAAUUUGCAGUGGAGGUGAACGACCCUCACAGAAGGACAGUGUCCAGGCGUACAUUCGGGCAGACCGGAUCGGUCAUCCACUCGUGGUAUGCCAGCCACUCUCUGAUUAAGACCAUCUGGGUCAUGGCCAUCAGUCAGCACCAGUUCUAUUUGGACAGGAAGCAGAGCAAAUCCAAAGUUGCCACAGCCAGAAGUUUGAAUGACAUCACCAUGGACCUGACCGAGAUCAGAGCGCCCAGGAUCAGUAAGCUGUCCAGCUUAGAGAGUAAAGACCAGCUCAUCAUGGCCAGCAACGGAUCCCUCAUCUCAGCAGGAUCAGCAGACUCUGAGGUGAGCGAGGAACAGAAGAAGGAAAAGAUUGCUGACCUGAAGAAGAAACGGAAGGAUCUGCAGGAUACUCUAACUCAGAAACUGGAGGAGCUCAAGAAGAUAUGCCUGCGUGAAGCUGAGCUGACAGGCAGUCUGCCUAAAGAGUACCCUCUAGCCUCGGGUGAGAAGCCCCCCGUGGUCCGUCGGCGCAUGGGGACAGCCUUCAAACUGGACGACCUCUUCCCCUAUGACGCGGAUCCCCACCUGAGGAACCUGGAGAGCAGGUUUGCCCUGCAGCAGAAGAUCGUGGAGGCGGCGAAGAAACUGGCCAACGAGGCUGAGCUCUGUAAGACAGUGAAGAAGAAGAGGAGGAGGAACUACCUGGACGCCAUGAGGAAGCUGCAUGAGAUUGAGGAGGAGAUCAACGAAUACAGGGUCAAGACGGGCAAGAAGCCCACCCAGAGAGCAUCAAUAAUCAUAGCAGAUGAUGUGAACCCCGCCGAACUCAGCUCCCUGUCCGAUAGCCUUACUCUGGACGAUGAUGAGGAUCUGGGAGACCAGAGGCAACGGUCCCGCUCGGUGCAGUACUCUCCCCGGCCCCACCACUCAGACACCCUCAGUCUCCACUACCAGUCUGAUCGACGGGCCUCAGCUCACAACCAGCUCCAGGACCUCGGCACCAACAGCAGAUUAAAUGAUGGCGAAGUCCGGGAACCGUUCCACUACAAUCACGCGGACGCCUUAUCGAGCCACAUCAGCCCUUACAAGCCUGCCUCCAGACAGCCGCGUGACGCACGCAGCAUGCCUCCUACUCCACUCCUCACCCGCAACGCCUACAGCAGUACCCAGAUCAGGUCGGAGGACGGCCCUCAGCAUUUCCGCCAGCGGAGUGGCAGUCUGGAGUCCCAGUCUCAGUUCCUGGUUGARACUGCGCCUCCGGCACCCGCGUCCGUCUUGGCUCGCCGCAGCAACAGCACGGAGUUCCUGGACGACGGCUCAUCCUACACCAGCCAGUCCAGCGUGGAGUACACGGCGCCCGGGAACCAUACCCACCGCCCUAGGGACCGACGGCGGGGCAGGAAGGGCAACGUCUAUGCCAACUCGGGCAGCAUGCCCAACCUGGCACAGACUGACGCCCGCUACAACACAUACCAGCCCCCCCGGGCACCGCGACCCACCACCACGGCCUACUACGUGACGGGCUACCCAGAGCCAGAGCYCUACUCUAACGGCGUCUACAUGUACCACAACGAGUUGGAGGGUCACUACAACGUCCACCCCUCCUACAACGCAGCGCCGGCCUACCACGGACAUGAUGCGUACAGCAGUCGCUAUGGUGAUGACGAGACGGACAGUAUGGCCCAGAACCCCUACGCCACGCUGAGGCCGCCCAGGAACCGCCACGCUCCGCCCAGAAUGGAACACGUGACCAGGAACAUCCAGAAGGCGCUGGUGGAGGAGCACCUGAGAGGCUGGUAUCACCGCAACGCAAGCCACAAGCAGCCACAGGCCUAUGACUACAAUCAGAGGGGUUCCCAUCAGAGCCUGGGCUACCAGACCAUGCCAGCUCCCUACUGCAGGACCAUGUCCUACUCCUCAGUCUCGUCUCAUCAGUCCUCUACAGCAGGAGGCCGGCCCGGUCACCUGGGUGGCGGUAUGGUAGAGUACGACGCGCCCCUGCCCGUGCAGCAGAAUUACCCCUCCUAUGGCACAGCACAUUACGGCACAGCUCACCACCCCGCCUACAGCAGAUCCUAUGUAGAUGUGAACCAAACCGAUCCAUUCAUCAGCAAUCCGUAUAUCGGCAGCCAAACAAACUGCAGCUUGGAUCCAGACGACCCGCGACUUUACUGGCACGAGGGCUCCUCCAAACCUGGAACUAUAGUCUAGCGGUAAGACCCAUCAUGAACUGUGUCAACUUCCACUUUGUGACACUUUCAUGUGCCUUGGACUGCACUUAGCUGUUUUUCUGGAUGGAAGAAGGGACCCAAAGAAUCAAAUAACAACACUAUGGAAUUCACACAGGGAAUGACCUAAAGUCGAUGUACAGCUGAUUUGAGUUCUCCUACACGGAAUUGCUAAAGUGGGUCUACCUGCAUACAGUCAUAGUCUCUGAAAGCAGAAUUACAACACGGUCACCUGAUCUGAAUUUUCUGGAUUGCUAGUGUUGGCACUUGUUGCGCACUGAGUUGCACUUGGUGUUGUGGCUGGUUGGAUUAGUCUGAGGGGCUGGGAUGACAGUAGGAGGAUGGAGGACAAUGAACAUGACUUGUCCUGCGUGACCAAUAUAUGGGGAAGCUGUAUGCUCACCAUUACAAUGAAGGAUCUUUCAAACAAUGACAUGUUGAAAUUAAGGAUGGAAAUUGGAUUUUGAGUGUAAGGAUGCCUACCAAUGGUGACCUGUUGAAACAUUCUCCAGUCUCUACCAGUUUCCAGAGCCCAUUCUAUGGUAGCGUUGUUUGUAGCUAUGUACAGCCCUUUGCUAUUCUUUGUUGGUCAGUCUUUUUGCACCAGCCAUUUACAAGUAUUUGGACCUCUCUCAUUCUCAGCAAUUUUAUCAUCUUUACUUCCAAACGCUUCAGUCUAACCAUUAAAGACUCAACCGUGUCGGCUUUUAUACCUUCAAAGACCAUGUUAACACUUUAUCAAUGACUGUGAUGUUAAUCCUAAGUCUAUUACAGGGCUUAAUUUUGUCGAUACAAGAUUUUUUUUAUGCUUACUGCAUCCCAUGCUGGAAUGGACUGGUGCUCUCCAUUCCUCUCAAGAAGGAAUUUGUAUGUACCUGUUGAUAAUGUAAAUAGAUUGUAUGGUUCUGUCUGUUUUUAGAGCUUUUUUUUUGUAUUUUAAGAAGCAUGUAAUAUAUAGUAAACAAUCAAAUAUUAAGCUGGUUCUUAGUUAUUUGUAUAAUUGAAAUGCAUUUGAAUUAAAACAUACAUUUUGAACUAUA